AUGCCCAAAAAGAAUAAAAAACGCCAACGUGAAAUUGAUUGGUCUGCGGAGGCCAACUUCCAGAAAAAUCGUUCCAUAAUCUACAUAGAACAUUCUAUGGAAUGUCCAAUAUUUUCCCUAAAGGCGGAGGAGUUUUUGAAAUUUCUUCAGGACCAAAUACCAGAACGUCAAUUUGCCUUAAUACGCAAUGGCUAUGGUAAGAUGCAACCGCGCGCCGGAGCAUUUGAAAUUGAAUUUGCACAAAAUGCCCGCACAUCGAGACACUGUUUGUGGUCCGGUUUGGAUAAGGGACCACCGCGACGAGAUAAAUUUCCACAAUUUGAAAAUUUAAUGCCAGCCAUACAGAGAGUCUUGAAGAAAUUCUAUCCAGAUCCAAGGAGUAGAAAUUCAGCCGAUGAUGGUGAAAUGGAUGAGGCAGCAACAUAA